CUCCGCCAACCCAGCAGAUGAGCGCGAUGUCUAUGGGUAGCCCACCACCCCCAGGAUCCGCGCCAGGGCAGUACGCGCCUCCCCCAGGUUCCGCGCAAGGGCAGUACGCGCAGCAUGCGCCGCCUCCGCCGUUCUCCGCCGGUCUCCCGACAGGCCCUCCGCCUGUCGGGGCGAUGAUGCCGGGCGCGGGCCUCCGCCUCCCUUCGGCGCUUCCCCCGCUGCUGGCGGGGCGCAGCGACGCGCUUAUCCCAUGCCUACUGGAGCGGCUGCCACGUCAUCCUUUGUGGUCCGCGACACGGGCAACUGCAGCCCUAAAUUCAUCCGAGCAUCGCUGAACCAG